AUGGACCAGUGUAUUCAACAUCUUAAUAGCAUCGACCAUGAAAAGGCUCUUGUUGUUAUCGCAGAAUCUUUAGGAGAAGAGUUAGUACCAAAUAUUCAUAGCAACGCAAAUGUUGUCGCUAUUUGUAUUUUGUCUGACAGCAACUCUCAUCAUCACGAACAGUGGACGAAAAAAUGGGAUAAAAUUAAGGAUGUAUACACUGAAAUCAAACCCAUUUGUGAUGCAUCACAGUCGAUUAUCAAACAGCAAAAUCAAGAUUCGAUCUCUAUGACUCUCAUUCCAAAGGACGAAGUAACUGCAACUAAAAAUCUCAAUGAACUGGAUCACAUAUUUAUGUAUACUAAAAUUUUCAAGGAAAUUCUUUUCGAAAUAAAAGAUGACGAAAAUGCUAUCAAAAAUUUCAUCAACUUCUGCCGGAUCGGUGAAAACAAGACGUCACCCAAAAUCGAUAAAUUUGAAAAAGACUAUAAUGCUCAAAAAGCCAUCUACUGGUAUACUGAUACAUCAAUUACGUAUGAAGUACUCAACCGUGCUCUGCGAACGUUGGAAGUUGAUACCAUUAUGAAAAUGGGCUUCUUCAUUCGAGAUUUACAUCAUCAGAUCCAACAGCUAUAUGAAGAGCAAGUUGAUAAUUACAAGAAUCAAUCUUUCAAAGUUUACCGAGGACAACAUUUAUCAGAGAAAGAUUUUAAUAAACUUCAAGAAACGAAAGGUGGAAUAAUAUCCUUCAACAACUUCCUAUCCACUAGCAGACAAUCGGAUGUCUGCGAAUAUUUCGGUGCUGGGAGUGAAACGCGUGGUUUGGUCGGUGUUCAUUUUGUUAUUAAUGUCAAUCCAACUGUUUCGUCGAGUCCAUUCGCCGACAUUCACCAACUUAGUUCUUACGGAGACGAAAACGAAAUUCUUUUCUCCAUGCACACUGUUUUUCGCAUCGAUGAAAUUAAAGAAAUUGAUAAAGCUAACCGGAUUUAUCAAGUCGACCUUCGUCUGACUGAUGAUGACGAUGAACAAUUGCGGAUACUCACUGAACGUAUAAGUGAAGAAGCUAAGGGUAAGAAUGGAUGGGAGCGAUUGGGAAACUUGUUACUCGCAAUAGGUGAACCCAAUAAGGCCGAAGAACUUUAUUGUGCACGACUGGAACAAACAUCUGAAGAAAGUGAGAAAGCACUUCAUUAUCAUCAGCUUGGUUAUAUUAAAACAGAUCAAGGCAAGUAUGAAGAAGCCAUUCAGAAUUACAAAAAAGCAUUGAAAAUAAAUGAAAAAAUUCUUCCUCCAACUCAUGAAUAUUUGGCAUAUUCCUACAACAAUAUCGGUACCGUGUAUGUGCUUGCAGGAAAAUAUUCGAAAGCACUUUCAUUUCUGGAAAAAGCAUUGGAAAUUCGACAAAAAGCUUGUCCUAUCGAUGAAUCUGAAUUGGGUACUUGUUACGGCAAUAUCGCUUCAGUGUAUGAUGAAAUGGGAGAUUAUUCUAAAGCACUUUUAUUUCACGAGAAAGCACGAGAAACUUACGAAAAAAUUCUUCCAGAAAAUCAUCCUACCCUAGCCACUUCUUACCAAAACAUCGGCAGUGUACAUGCUUCUACAGGAGAGUACUCGAAAGCACUUCACUUCAUGAAAAAAGCAUUGAAAAUUCGAGAACAAACUCUUCCUGUAAAUCAUCCUAGCUUACCUGUUUCCUAUAACAAUAUCGCUUUCGUGUAUGAGUCUAUGGGAAACUAUAAAGAAGCACUUGAACUUUAUGAAAAAGCAGGUCAAAUCCUCGAAAACGUUCUUCCUGCAAAUCAUCCAAGUUUAGCAGCUGUUUAUAACAACAUCGCAUUGGUGUAUGACAAAAUGGGAAACUAUGACAAAGCACUUUCGUAUCAAGAAAGAGCACUGAAUAUUCGACAAAAUGCUCUUUCUGAAAACCAUCCUUCUUUGGCUAGUUCCUAUAACAACAUUGCUUCCGUAUAUGAUUCUAUGGGAAAGUAUAACGAAGCACUCGAGUUUUACAAAAAAGCAGGUGAAAUCCUCGAAAACGUUCUUCCUACAAAUCAUCCUAAUUUGGCAGGUUUCUGUAACAAUAUUGCAUUGGUGUAUGAUAAAAUGGGAAACUAUGAUACAGCACUUUCGUAUCACAAAAGAGCGUUAGAAAUUCGACAAAAUGCUCUUCCAAUAAACCAACCUAAUUUGGCUAGUUCCUAUAAUAACAUCGCUUUGGUGUAUGUCCAUAUGGGAGACUACUCUAAGGCACUUGAAUAUUAUAUAAAAGGAGGUGAAAUCCUCGAAAAAAUUCUCCCUAAUAAUCAUCCAAAUUUAGCAGCUUAUUAUAACAAUAUCGCAUUGGUUUACAAAAAUAUACAUAAUUAUCCGACUGCACUCUUGUAUUACAAACGUGCUUUAAAUAUUUUACAAUGUGUACUGUCUUCUGAAGAUCUUCAACUUCAAGAAGUACAACGAAAUAUUGAAAUCGUACAAGGGAAACUAUAA